AUGUCACCAGACUACCGAACCCAUCGCCUCCAUCCCUCCACACCCUCACCCGCAUCCUCACGCACGUCAACGCCACCGCUCCACGACGACGACAACAUCAUCACGCCGUCCCACCAGCGAGCACCACCCAUCACUACUACUGCCACGGCUGCGGCCACCGAGAUGCACGCCCCGCUGCUGCCGAGCCAGGCCGAGGAGGAGCUGUCCCGCUCCCGGCGGAGGCGGCGCUCCUCGGGCCAGUCGUACGGGUCCAGCGGCUCGGCGGUGCCGGUGCCGGGCUCCGACGUCGACACGGCGGAGCUGUGGCAGCGCAUGCUGGCCGCGCAGCAGGAGUUCCACUGCUACAACUCGGCGCGGGUCAGCGCCGCCCUCGAGGACGACUCUGUCGGGGCUGUCGUCCGAUAUACUGACGAACAAAAACAAAAAAGCAUCAAGACUGUGUCUCGACCUGCUGAACGAGCACAUCGCGCUGCUGCCGGACGAGGAGAGGAGGCGCGUCGAGUACUUCAUCGAGCACGGCGACCUCAAGCCCGGCCGGAGGCGGAGCCACUGGCGCAGGUAGAGCGUGUGUAG